GGUAGUUCAAGCCAUGAAACGCAGUAUACUUACGUGGACAACACAGAGAGUCAAAGAGAGGAAGCAAGGCAGUUGGAACAGAGAAGGCUGGAAAAUGAACGGAGACAAAGGGAGGCUCAAGAAAGGCUGCGCAUACAGGAAGAAAAACGACGAGAGGAAGAGAGAAGGCGAGCGGAGUAUCAGCAACAGCGGCAACGAGAGGUAGAAGAAGAAGAAGCGAGGAAGAGAGAAGAGGAAGAAAAGCGCUUGCGUUUGGAGAACGAAUUGUGCCUCCGUCGAGCUGAGCUGUUUGACUACAAAUUUGGUAACAAGAUUAAACUAGAUAGUUUCAAAGGCCUGGCAAUAGAUGAUGUGACACAACUCAGAAUCGGUGUGUUUGGACCCACCGGAUCGGGCAAGAGCUGCUUUAUCAACACGUGUGAACGAGCUGUGAGGCAAACGGAUAAGGGUACAGCUCCUGACAGCACCACAGGGCAAGAAGGGACCAUCACUCUUCAAGAUUAUCUCCCUGAGUUAUUCUUCCACUUGGUUGAUACACGUGGUUUCUUCAACUACAACGCUAACGAAACCGUGGAAUUUAAGAACAUCUUGCAUGGAAAGAUACAACCCGGGGAUAAUGUGGUCCGUCCUAAAGAAGACCAAGAAGAUGUUCCAGCUAUGGACCUUCACACAUGUGCCCCAUUUGCCAAUCGACUGCAUGGUAUCAUCAUUGUUGCCAAGGCGAAUGACCCGCGACUGAAGGAGGGUGCCUUAAAGGAUUACCUAAAACCAGUUCGAGAUAUUCUGCGUAGAACUGGUAAAUUGUUUUCUAAUGCUGAUAAUCAAUAGGACACCAAUGCAGACAGAAACCGGCAAAGUAGUUUUCCAUACAAAUCCUUGUCAAUUCUAAAAUUUUUAAACUGACGUUUAAUCUUUUCCUUACGCAUUUAAGGGCUCAAAUUGCCUGUUAUGAAGAAUUAAAAGGAGAUCUGAACGCCGUAAUGAUUAAGGAAAUAUUUCAUGACAGUUUUGACAAAUGCAAAAUUUGCAAGGGUUUCUCCGCGGAAAACAAUGCAAGCGUGACUGGGUGGCAAAAGUUGUUUCUCUCAUUUUGAUCGGCGGCCGUCUCAAUUACUAGGAGAUAUAAAGCUGAAAUUCUCAGGUUACCUAAUUUUAAUAUGCUCUUUCAGGUUGUGCUAACAAAAGUUUUCAAAAGUUAACUGUUUUCGUGUUUACCGAAAGCUGAUCACGUGAUCAACUCGUGCCUGAAGGGCCUUUAUAUUAAUUUCGCCCAAAUUAAAGAAUUAAGGAAAAGAAUUAUCAGCAAGAGUUAACAAUUUAUCAUGUGAUAUCCUUUUAUUAGAGGUUAUGGUUGUGGCUGUGAAGCCCUCACUUAGAUUGUAAAGACUUUCUUUGUUAGCCAGAGAAGGGGUAUACUGUAGGCUUGUAGCUGUGCAAAAAAAGGCUGUCAUGACAAAAGCAGCUUGUAUAGGUUCAGGAUUUUAUAAACGGCCCUGUUGCUGACCUCAGCUUACAAAAUGUUAUUUGUUAGUGUAAGGCAUAGGUAUGGUUGGGAGGAUGAUAUUCAGUUUCAAAUUGCGCCUGAGAUCGUUAUAUAUAUUCCUAAGAUGUGUGACCAAGAACAAGAGCACAGGGCUCUGAAGCUUAAGAAAAGGAACUAUUCCAUUUUAAAAAAAACUAUUAGACUAGGGAGACUGAUAGACCCGCAAAAAUCAUAUCAGUAUCUGUUGUGAGAGACCAGUUUUAUUGCUUGAACCCUUGAAGUUCUGCUUUGUCUCCUUUCACAAUCCUUUACCAAUCUAUUCAUUUCUUUUUGCUCCCACAAAAGGAAUAGCACCCAUCACUGUUGUUACGCACCGUGACAAACUGAGGACAGAAGAGGAUUGUGAAAAUGCCCUUUACGAAGCUUCAGCGGCUACUGGCAGUUCACCCAGUCACACUUUCUUUGUGUCUAACUACUGUAAAGACAACAUCACAUGCAAUCCAGAAACAGAGCGCAUGACCUUCGACAUUCUACACUACGCGCUGUUGACGGCUGAGAGAGCUGUGAAGAUCAUGAAACAGAAACAGAGAAACGAAGAAGAGGAUGAGAUGAUGCGCGCGCUUGAAGGAACUAAUGUCAGCGGACAAGUUGCGCCGGACUCCGCGGACGGUAAUCAACAAACUUUUAUUUCCUGUACAUAA